AUGGGUUCUGAGGUUAAGCUUUGCUUCUUCCUUUUGUUUACGUUAGUCGUAUUUUCGUCUGCUCGUAACACCAUCUCAGUUUCAGGUAACGAGAUAGUGUUGGCAGCGGAGGAAAGGUCUCUAAUUGUAAGCAUCCAGGAUUAUAAUGAACCGUCGGCAAAUCGUGGUCACGAUCCACCUUCAAGCACUAGAGGCGGCGGCAGUGGCCGAGGCCGCCGCAAAGGUCGAAAGGGAUAGUGAAAGAUGGUGCUUAAUU